UUACACACUAAUACCAUUUCUGACUUUUUUCCAUGUUUUGUGACUGUUGUAUUGCUCCAAGGAUUGCUUUUGGUUUUUCAUUUUUGAGAUUUAUUCCACUUCGAUCUAUUGGACGUGAAUGGAAUUUAAUUUGUGCUGGGAAAAACAUGGAAAAAAUGAAUCUAAAGGAUUAAAUGAAAUCAUGACGUAUGCUGCCUGUGGUGUUUACACAGUACCGGCUGUAGUCCGCCAGGGGGCGCUAUUGGAGCGGCUUGUCAUGUUGAUGCCCAGCCUGCCUCCAGCAGAGAGCAGUGCUUGGUUGGAUGUGAGCGCCACCGACUUGUCUCUACUUCCAGAUCGAAGAUGGCGGUCUCGGUGUUCCCCGGCGUGCGGCUCCUCUCCAUCGGAGACGCGAAUGGAGACAUACAGCGACACUCAGAGCAGCAGCCCUUGCGGUUAGAAGUCAAAAGCACACAAGAUGCUGCCCUCAUCAGUCUCUCCAAUGGAGAGGAUACGAGUGUGUUCAAGUGUUCGGUUUCCAGGGAGACGGAGUGCAGCCGCGUGGGGAAGCAGUCAUUUAUCAUCACACUGGGCUGCAACAGCGUCUUGCUGCAGUUCUCCUCACCUGCAGACUUUCAGUCCUUUUAUAACAUCCUCAAGAACAGUCGUGGGCAUAGCAGCGAGCGCUCAGCCUUCAGUGAAAGAACAGAGGAGUCCUCUGCUGUACAGUACUUCCAGUUUUAUGGCUACCUCUCCCAGCAACAAAACAUGAUGCAGGACUACGUUCGGACAGGAACUUACCAACGGGCAAUUCUCCAGAACCACACCGACUUCAAGGAUAAGGUGGUGCUGGAUGUCGGUUGUGGCUCAGGGAUCCUCUCUUUCUUUGCAGCCCAAGCUGGAGCCAGGAAGGUCUAUGCUGUAGAGGCCAGCACCAUGGCACAGCACGCUGAGGUGCUGGUGAACAGUAACCGCCUCGGGGAGCGUGUGGUCGUCAUUCCGGGGAAAGUGGAGGAAGUGACGCUGCCUGAGCAGGUUGACAUCAUCAUCUCAGAGCCCAUGGGCUACAUGCUGUUCAAUGAGCGCAUGCUGGAGAGCUACCUGCAUGCCAAGAAGUUUCUCAAACCCAACGGUAAAAUGUUCCCGACUAUUGGUGACGUCCAUCUUGCCCCCUUCACAGACGAGCAGCUCUACAUGGAGCAGUUCACCAAGGCCAACUUCUGGUACCAGCCCUCCUUCCACGGUGUAGACCUUUCUGCCCUGCGGGGGGCAGCAGUGGACGAGUAUUUCCGUCAACCAAUUGUGGACACGUUUGAUAUCCGUAUUCUGAUGGCCAAGUCGGUCAAACACACAGUCAACUUCCUGGAGACCAAAGAAGAGGAUCUGUACAGGAUAGAGAUUCCCUUUAAGUUCCACAUGAUGCACUCAGGCCUGGUGCACGGCUUGGCUUUCUGGUUUGACGUGGCGUUUAUGGGAUCAGUGAUGACAGUAUGGCUGUCCACGGCGCCCACAGAGCCUCUCACCCACUGGUACCAGGUGCGCUGUCUGCUGCAGUCUCCCCUCUUCACCAAGGCUGGCGAUACUCUGUCCGGCACUGCACUGCUGGUGGCCAACAAGAGACAAAGCUACGACAUCAGUAUUGUUGCCCAGGUGGAUCAGACAGGAUCAAAGUCCAGCAAUCUCCUGGACUUGAAGAAUCCCUUUUUCAGGUACACAGGCUCCACCCCAAACCCCCCUCCUGGCUCACACUACACCUCCCCAUCUGAGAACAUGUGGAACACGGGUUCGGCCUACAGCAUGAGUCAGGGGAUGGCUGUAUCAGGGAUGCCAGCAGCUUAUGACCUCAGUACAGUCAUCGGCAGCGGCCCAUCAGUGUCUCACAACAACCUCAUCCCCCUGGUGAACACAGGAAUUGUAAACCACACCCACUCCAGGAUGGGCUCCAUCAUGAGCACGGGAAUUGUCCAGGGAGCCACUACAGGCCAAUCAGGCCUCAGCAGCAGCGGUACCUACUACCCUGUCACCAACCAGUUCACCAUGGGGGGUGCUGCCAUCUCCAUGGCCUCACCUAUGGUCAUCCCCAGCAACACCAUGCAUUACGGCAGUUAAGACGAAGACGUCGCAGAGACCUCUUCGUCCUCCCCGCCCCCUGCAUGACAAAAGAUCCCCAACCCCUCCCAGUGGAGCUCGUUGGUCCGCACCCCCAACCUUCAACCCUUAGAGACCCACCAACCGCAGCCAAAACCAGUAUACCAAAAUCAGUGCUGUGCUGGCACUUCCUCCCCUUGUUCGUCACCUUCAUUCUACUCUGUUCAGUCCAUCACUAUAUGAACGUUCGAACACUCUCAUAUCCGUCCAGACUGAUGUCUUGCUAACAGAGGAAAGCUCCUGUUGGAUCCAUUGAGAUUGUAACGUGCUCAGCCGAGAUGCACUGCAGUUAUCCUCUACCCUCUCAACAUGUAUCUUUAUCCCUCCUCUCCACUUGCUGUCUCCGUUUUUUUUCCCUUCUUCUUCUUUUUAGAUGUGUCAUGACCCCACCACCCCAAAAGUGUGUUUUCAAUCCCGUCUUUGCCUGAGAAUCAACUUGUUGCAAGAUACCAGCAUCAGUCCGUUCUUACAGCUCUCCAAGCUUCUCUACCAAACCUUUUCAUUAGUGCAGUAGGACACUGUUCUCAUCAACACUCAUCUCUGGGCUGACAUCCUGGCUUUUCAUAUCUGUUCUAAUCUUCAAGGUCCUCUGCACCUCUCACAAGACACAGACUCAAACCAGUCAAACAGUUUCUUCAAAUUACAGGAUGCUUUACUUAGUCAGUCUACUCAUGGAGAUGGUUUUGGAUUUAGGCAGAGGCAAAUAUAUCAGAAAACUAAAGCUGUCUACAUGUCUAGGUUUUUUGUUUUUUGGGGGUUUUUUCUUGUGACUCGGACAAACAGACUCUGCUUGUGAUAAAAUGUGUAGUUCUACUUAAAAGCAGUUCUACUAAACAUUGAGUUUUGGGAGAAUGUCACGCUGGUCACCUUCUAGGCUAAGUAAUGAAAUGAAUUGGCACUUCACAUGUGUGUCUGAGGAAGAGUGUGGGUUCCAUUUAUCUUUCCUAACAUUUCAACACACACUACACUGACUGGAAGUGGUCUCCAUGCUCAGAUGUUAGGCUUCAUCACAUUAAAGGGUAGUUGACCUAAUGGCUAUGCAUGGAGAUAUGCUUUUGCAUAAAGAACAGAUCUGAAGUUUAUACUGUAUUAUUAAAACUGCAUGAAUUGAUGAUGAAUGAAUUUUGAGUACUUUAGGCGGGCAGGAGAAAAAGUUAUCACAGCACUGUCACAGUGCUUUUGAAGUGGUGAACGUGCUAGCAAACACUUAUUUACUCAUCUAGAACAUGAAGAAAUGUCCUGAUUAGUGUCAAAUAUUCACCGUUUGGUCUCCAACUCCAGUGAAAAAACAGUCUGUAGCUGCUGAAUACCCCAUUAUGUUCACCAGGUCAUUACUAACUUUCCACUUGCUGUUUGUUGCUGGGCAGGUGGUGCACGGUGGCUGUGUGGGUUCAUCACAGGUGAUACCUUUCAGAUUACACAUAUAUAGGAUGUAUAAAUUUCAAGCUCUCCUGGUAAUGAAUUGUGCAACCUUUUAACCUUUUCAGUCUCUCCUUAAAAGCAUUCUUGGUGUUAGCCUUGGUUGUACGUACGAAAAGCGACAGUUGUAGUUGUAUGAAUAAUAGAGAGAAGAUAGUUUGAUAGAGAAGUUCACAUCUUUGCACAGUCAGCAAGUUCCUGUUUUGAGUCUGACUGCUUGUUCAGUGUGUAGCUAAAAAAGAUGAAAGAUCUGACGAGCACUGUGUUCGAGCCUUUUUGUGUUUGCCAGUCUCAUGAAACCCCAUUCUGUUGGGGCUUUGUGGAUGAUUUUGGUGUUUUGUUUUUUUUAAUACCAAACACAGAAGGUGACCAACGAAACAGUCUACCAAAACCUGCUUAUCUUUGUUCAAGUGAGUCCUGUAAACCCGAAAUCCCGCUUUUGCUGCUCCUGUCGCCCAUUCUCCUCAUCUGGUUUUUAGCUGAGAGGACAUUGCAGCAGCUCCUCCCCAGCCAGUCAUUUCUGAGCCAGGUUGCGCCAGCACAGUUGGAGGAGGAAGAUUGGAGAACACACCAGUAAGGACCAAUGACCCAGGUGGCAGCCAACUGGCUGCCGGAAUGAGAAAAGCUGUGCUGGAUCUGCAGCGUCUUAGUUUACAUCCUCGCUUCCUUCCCCUGCUUUUUGUCCCAACCUCCUCUGAGACUGAGACUGUCGCAAAGAGACUUCAGUGUGGAGGCGUGGGAGGCAGGGCCACCUUCCUCCUCGUCUCUUCGCCAUGUAUGACCUCCAACAUAUCAUGCCCCCAGAACAUCUGAUCCCCUCAUCCCUUUUCUCAGUUAAGGAGAGAAAGACUGACACAUGUAUGCAUUGCUUCCAGUGUCACAACUAUUGGACUCUGUUCAUUUGGGAUUUAUGAGUUAGCAAGAAAAUGUCUCUUUGUAGGAUUAAUCUUUUUGUUGUCUUUAUUUUGUUUUUUCUUUCACAAAAACAAUGAAAAAAAAAAGAGGGCAAAUUAAAUGUGGUGGAGAUGUUCCAGACCAUCGUGGAA